GGGUUAGGGUAAGAUUGCCCCGUGAAUAUUAAUGAGCGAGCAGCUCGUCUUUCGUCACAAAAUGGCCCAAAUUAUCCAUAAAUGACCCUCAAGUUUGAGAUCAAUAAAAAUGGCUGACGUGAAGACGCUUGAAUACUCAACUUUGAAGGUAAAUAUUUUGUUUUUUUAUCACUUGACACAUCGUAAAAUGUUUAAAAUACAUUAGAUCGUAUGUGUUAUUUGUUAUUUCUGUUAAGAAGUUACCGAGAACGCUGAAUUAUACAUUAGAAACAGAAUGUUUUGGCUUGCCUUGUUCAUAAUUUCUGUUGACUGCAGCCAGGCAGGCAUAUUUCGAUAUAAUUAUGUUUUCUUUACAAUGAUAGCACAAUGAGAAAGGAACUUUGGCCUGCCGGAAAAAUGUGUAAAACAAGGAAAGGGCCCUGGGGACCCAGUCCCCCCCCCCCAACUCCUUCCCUCUGUUGGAAUUUUAGUGUUUGGGAUUGCUUUUUAUUUUAAAUCUUCAAAACUCAAUAACAUGAAAAAUGCAGAAAGUGUCACCUCAGAGACUCUAGAUUUUUAAAUUUUCUCUGGACAUUCCUUUAUGCCAAAAUCAUGGAUUUUUCCUCUUGCCCGAAAAAAUGUUCGCAUUCCUGAAUGUUUUGACAUGAAAACAUCACACAUUUUUGGAAGCUGGUCAACUCGGCCCACUGACCAACUCGGCCCAUACUAUCUUGGCCAAUUGUUAACUACAGUUUGACAUAUUAGGAAAGCUAAUAUUUUACAAAAGAUAGCACUAAACCAAUUCAGCCAUUUGCAGUUGCAUUGGGCGUACAGAUGAGUAAAGUUUGGUAACAUCCAGUUUGACUUAAAUAAUUAAAGAAUCUAUUGAAGUUUCAAAUUCUCGGUUUGUCCGUUUUGAUACUAAAUUACUGAUCAUUCAAAUCUAUCUCAAAAUUUGCAAAGAUAGAACACAGUCAUGGCUCCUAGCUUGUUUAAUGGUUAGAUUAGUCAGUUUACAAGCGGGCGGAGUUGGUACUUGAACGGUGGGCCGAGUUGGUUAGUGGGCCGAGUUGACUGUAAUCCCACAUUUUUUUGGGCAAGAGGAUCGAUGCACCCAUCGUUUUGGUAAUACAGAUUAAUUGUACUCAGGUAGUGCCAAUAAUAAGAAAGCUUUGGAUUGAUAGGAUGCAACUACCUAAAAAAUGCAAGGAGAACUUCGACGUUUUGAGCGAGGGCCCUAGCUUUGUCGUCAACUAAGGACCUUCAUUCGAAACGCGGAAGCUAGUUCUCCUUGUAGUUUUCAGGUAGCUGCAUCCCUAGAGUACAAGUACCUAGCAUGUUUAGCCAUACUACAGUCAAAUUAACUGCAAGGUAAAAGUGCUUUUAUACCUCUCUUUUACUCCGUUUUUCUUUCGGCCUCCCUUGAGUGGAAAAUCUGUUUAUGUCAUUCUAUAUGUUGAUCAUGCAGUUGAGCAUUUGAUGGAACUCCAAAUACUGCAGGGCUCGAAAUAGUGUGCUACCAAUGGCCAAAAGCAGGCCAUACUUUAGAAAUGGCAGGCAAAAACAAAUUUGAACUGCCAAGUAAAAAAAAAUGGCAGGUGAAAUUCUAUAGAUUUAUUUCAUUUGUUUACCACAACUCAUAUAUACUAGAUAAUUUAGUUGACUAAAUACAGUACGUUUAUAUUUGAAAUGUACUGUAAAUCCAAGUUUACUGUAGUGAUUAAGGUGGCUCCCUAGGGUUUUUUAAUUUACUACACUAUAGUAUUCAGGAGACUCCUGUUUCUUUACUUUACAUGAUAUGAAGACAAAAUUUAUUGGACACAUUGACAAUGUUCUCCUGAACAUUGCAAAUUGCUAUUUUGUGUUAAAAAUAUGUUGUCAUGGCAACAGCAUGCUUAGAAUAAAGCUCAAAAUUUGUCUUUUUCAGGUCUUUUUAAAAAGUUCCUUCGGUGAAAUUUUUUAAAACUUUGCAUAGAAGAUAAUACUUGUAUAAUGAUUUUUUCCCCUCAAUUUAAAAAAAUUAAAUCGAUACGUUUCUUAGAAAAUUUAAAAAACGUCAAAAAUCAAUAUUAAAAAUUUUUCCUUCGAUUUAAUUUUAAGAAAAAAGGAUAUUGCACUUGUUGUACCGAUAUUAAAAAAUGUGCAAAGUUUUAAAAAAUUUUACCGAAGGAAAACGGAGAAAUUUGGGGUUAAUUUUGGCAAUUUUUACUAGAUUUUUACGUGAACAAUUUAAUACCCCAACUGACGUGUACAUGCAUUCUGCAUAAAACAACAAGGCAUGACUUUUUUGAAAUCACAAAAUAUAAAUUAUGUUCGAUAUACUGUUUAUAACUGUGUCGGUUAAUGAUCAACUAAGCGUGGAUUAUACAUGUAAAAAUGGCAAAGAUAUUUAGGUAAUUACUGGUUAUGACUUCUUGGUAUUAAUUUGAAAAAUGAUUGUCAAAAUUCGUCCCGUGCGAGUUAGUACUAUCGUCGGAUGUUUUCGCAAAAUUCCCGUUCGAAUUUCAUAUUUAGUUUACAUAUAUACGAAGAACGUAACCCCCGGAAAUAAAACCCUAGGGAGCCACCUUCAAAUAGACAAGUUUAAAAAUAAUAAAAAUGCAUAUCAUAAAAACAAUGAUCUUUACAAUAUGACUCAUAUAAGACAAUGCCAUUUUGGUAGUUCAAUGAAUAAAAAUGGCAGGCUAAAAUUUCACAUGACAAAAACUUUUAGACCGGCAGGCCGUAUUUUUUCUGGUUACUAUACUAGUACUAGGGGUGCACCGGACUCAGUUCCGGCCGGAACUAAUAAAAAAACCAUUGCCGGAACCGGAACUUUGAACAUUGUUUUCAGAGAGAUAGAAUAUCAAGUUUAUUUAUUGAAUAGCAUAGGAAGAAAUUUGGGCUACACAUGAAAAAUGUUUUAACAUUAGUCAAUCUUUUUAUUCUAACAUUUGCAUGCUCUCUCCUUGAUGACUGAAAGUGUCUGACUGCUGUCGAUAAAAUAACAUAUGACCAUAUAUCACUUAACGAAUAACGUUCCACAUCCGGUUCCGGCCGGAACUUAAAGAGUUGGUACCGGUGCACCCCUAUAAGGUCCAGUACUAUAGUUUUGUAUUAGUAAACUGAGUUAAAAAUUCUGUGUUUCUUCCAGGUUCCUUAUGAAGUUUUGAAUAAAAAGUUUAGAACUGCACAAAAAAUUAUUGAUCGUGAGGUGUCUCAUGUUUUGGCAGCAAAUUCAGAUUUAUCAAAUGUUGUUAAGAAGCAGUCAGUAAAGGUCUCUGAUAUGACAGGUAUACUUGAUGGUGUCAUUGAAAAACUGCAGGUCUUGAAGCGUAAGGUAAUUUUGACAUCACUUAUCCAUUGAAACAAUCAACAUAGUGGCAGAUGCUUCCCAGUGUGGAAAGUCGGUAUUGCACAACUAAUAUACACACAGUUUUUAAAUCUUGGGUGCCCAAUUUCCAAACUUUCCAGUCAGAUAAGCUUCAAACACCCUUCUAUUUUUAAUAUAUUUCUCCCAUUAGGCUGCAAUGUUCUUUAAUUUGUUCCUUGAAUACUGUAUGUUUAUCUAACAGUUGAUGGUUUUACCCAGUCAAGCACAACAUUGUUUGACCCAUUGAGUGACGCAGCACUCUCUCCUUGAUGAGUAAAAUCAUCUGGCGUUAGACAUAACAGAGUAAAAUAAUAAAGUGGGGUGCAUCAUAAGUUGCAUUGCACUCCAAUACGCCCUACUUCAUUAUUUUACUCUGUCUAAUGUCAGACAAUUCUACUUGUCAAGGGACUAAUAAGACUAACACAUUAAGUGCCCCAAUUCACCUGACGUUAUUAUUUUACUCUGUCUAAUGCCAGACGAUUUUACUCGUCAAGGGGAGAGGACUGGCGCUCAAUGUGUGAGCAAAAAAAUCUGCGAUGGUUUUGCUUAUUAUUGAAUUUAUGUGGGAUUGAAACAACCAUAAAGUUGAAAAUAAUUUCAUUCUAAUUAUCUAGGCUGAAGAAUGUGUAGUUGCUGAAGAGAAGUGUACCAAACAUCUUCAUGUCCGUCUUGAGCAUCUUAAAGAACAUGCAGAUGAACGCAAGAGUUCCAUGCUUGUAUGGAAGAAGAAACGGCUUGACAGAAUGCUGGUUGAUCAUCUCUUAAGAGCUGGAUAUUACGAGACUGCUGGUAGACUGGCUGCAGAUGCACAGAUUGAGGUGAUUAGCUGACUAAGAAUUUCUGUUUGCUCAAUGAAAAAUUUAGGCCAAACUAUCCCAUCUUAGAAUGCAAAGAAAAUGACAUCUCUAAAACUGUGUUAUUUCAACCCCAUGCCCUGCAGGUUCUGAAGCAUGGAACAUCUGAUAACCUAUUUGUUAAGCAAAUUUCAGAGGUUUGCAUUAUGUUUGGUUUUAGUAUACAGAAACAAGAAGGAAGUGCAUGUUAUUUAUCCAUGACCGGAUACUGAUGUGCCGAUGCUAUUUGUGUGGCACAUCUAUUUUCUUGGUUCUGCCAGCAUGCUAAAAUGACAUCAAGUAAAUUUCGCGAAUUUUCAAGCAAAUCCUUGUCAAUGGGAAAUCUCCGCAGCUUAAUGGGUUAAGGCACUCACCUUGUGUGGGCUAGCUUUUUAGAUCAACCAACAGAUGGCCCGACCAGUUAGAGUUAGGGGUUAGAAAAGGGGCGGGCAAGGAGUUAGGCGCGGGCAAGGUUCCCAUUUUAUUGUGUGAAACAACUGCUUGCCAUUUAAAUGAACCAAUCAAAUUAAUUCACUUACAAAAAGCUAAACCUUGUUGGUUUCAGUGACCAGACAAAAAACACUUACUGUAUGAAACAAAAAACAGCUGUGUGUGCAACUUACUGUAAUCCCCUAUAUUUGACAAAGUGUCUACUUUUCGUACUCAAAUGUAGUCAGUACAAACUGACUGAUAACUCAUUUUUCAUGUAUAUAGGAACUGGUGGAUGUAGAUCUGUUUGUGACAGCAAAUAGGGUAGAGAAGGCUCUAGAAGACCACAAUGCUGCUCCAUGUUUGACAUGGUGUCAUGAACACAAAUCCCGAUUGAGAAAGCUAAAGGUAUCCAACUUAUUAAUUCUGGUAGAAAUAUCACAUUCAAUACUUUUUCCAAAGGUUAGAAUGAAGUUCAAUUUUUGUGAUUAUGUUGUCCCAUAUGUAAGAAAAAUGCUUCCAGUCUAAAAAAGUCUGCAGAUUUUUGUGUCUUCAGUUUUGCUCUUUGGACCUCCAUGGAGAACAUUUUAGAGCUUUGAGUGAUACAAUUUGGUUUAAUUAUUUUAUUUAUACUAGUUUUGUCCUGUUGAGCACUGGAUGGAGAAUAGGAAAUUUGUAGCUCUUACUGAACUAAUGGGGAACAUUUUAGACAGAACUAAUAGAGUAUCCAAUAUAAAUAGAAUUAGUUUAUUUUAGAUUUCCUGUCAUAGUAACACUUGCCCAAUACCAGGAGGCCUUUACUCGAUCUCUAGGAAGAACAGUUCCCAUAGAACUAACAGAGCAAUCCAAAAUAACUAAUAAAAGUUUAUUUUAAUGUGACUAGUUUUUUUUGUUUAGAGUACGCUUGAAUUCAAUGUGAGAACUCAAGAAUUUAUAGAAUUUAUUAGAGCAAAUGAACGGCAAGAGGCUGUAAGGUGAUUUUCUCUUGUUUUAUGCAUAUAUCAUUCACAUUCAUAGGUAUAGUUCUAAUAUGCUAAGUUCAGUUGCAGUGGCCAGCACUUCCCCCUUGAGCACCCUGAGAAAUUAGCCAUGCGAAGUACAUUAUUAAAAGAGUACUGUAUAGUACCUGGUUAAGAUCAUUCUUUUAAAUUUACUAAAAUACUGUAUGUACUGGUCAAGGUUUAUGAGUUAACUUGCUUUUCAAUUCACGAGGUAUAUUUCUUGUUUUCUAGAUAUGCUCGUAAACAUUUUGGCAGUGUGGAUGUGGUACCACCUGAGGAGUUACGGAAGAUCAUGGCAUUGUUGGCAUUCACUCCUGAGACUGUUUGUGAUAGGUAUAAGGUAAGGCUAAGGAGACUUUCUUUGUUGUUUAAUCUUUGAAAAUACCUGUCACGUAUGGGAAGAACUAAAUUCUGAGAAGAUUUCAUCACUUAGCCCGGCACUUUUCUUAACUGUUUUAAGUAAAAAAGUCCAUAUCCGUACUACAUAUACCACAGUAUAUCUAAACAUUACGUUUAUCUUCAAAGGCUAGAUAUUUCCGAUACACUAAGUUUAAUUUUCUUUCUAGGAUUUAUUUAACGUAAACAGAUGGGAUGAUCUUGCAAAACAGUUCAAGCGAGAUAACUUUGCCUUACAUCAUCUGAGUUCCGAGUCAACUUUGUCAGUCACAUUACAGACUGGUCUGUCUGCUCUAAAAACUCCGUAUCCUUUGAAAUAAAAACAACAAAGUUUAAAUUAUUGGAAUAUUGACAAAGCUGCUGUUUGAAGGAUAUACGGUACAACUACCUGAAAAUAUAUAAGCAAAACAUCGACGUUUCGAUCGAGCAAAGGCCCUUCGUCUGGAUGUUAGUACUAGGGAGGUUCAGAUUUGACUUCCACUCAUAGAUAUCUUAUAUACACUAGAUAGUGCAUCUAAUUAUUCUGCAAUUCAAAAAUUGAAGCCGUGAUUGCAGACUCAGGAUAUUCCCAUGAAAUGAGAAAAUUCUUAUGUUUUCUAUUUCUUAAACAGGGAACUUAAACAUUAAGUUAAACCUAUUCCAAAUACAUUUUUAAACUAUUGAAAUGAUGAAAGUUAUUGUUGUUUUUUAAGCGUUUAUUAGCGAGUGGGAACUACCAACAUGGCCGCCAUCUAUUCAAAUGGGGGUAACCGCCGGAAUAUUCUUGGCUUCAAUUUUACUAAAAGAGAUGCGCUAUCUAGUGUAUAUAAGAUAUCUUCUUCCACUACCUCGAACUGGCUUCGUACGCAUCUGAUUGGUUAACCGAAUUUAUGAUAUAGCAUUUGUAAAUUUCAGUGUAGGUCUAAUGAUAGUUGAAUGAGGGUGGAGAAUAUUGGACAACGUUACUGCCAGCUGUUCCACAGUGGAAAAGCUGAAAACCCACCUAGUCCAGCCGCUUAGUCAAAGUUGAAAAACCACUUAGUCAAAAGUUAAGUGCAUGAAUGCGACUUAGUGAUAUUUCGGAACUUAGUCUAAUAAUUCCUUAACUACCACUUAGGCAUUGUGGUAUAGAAGGUCACACGAGUAGCGAGUGUCCAGUGUGUUCAAAACAAUUAUCUGAGCUAGCCACUACAUUACCGUACUCCCACUGCGCGCAGUCUAGGUUGGUUUGUCCUAUCUCUGGUGAAGUUAUGAAUGAAAAUAAUCCUCCAAUGGUUUUACCUAAUGGAUAUGUAUACGGAGAAAAUGUAAGUACUGUGCUGCAAAUCCUCUAUCAUACUUGUAUACUAUAUGUACCUUUUUGUUAGGAGGCCAAAAGUAAUUUGCAGUUAGCCUUCUGCAAGUGCAGUAAACCUCAGUGGCUGUUUUCAUGCAUGAUCCCGCUUUGCUGGGAGGAGAUGAGAGGCGGUAUGAUUUGAAUGUACUGUAUUGAAUUAGCCUUUUUUCACGCCGCCAUUUUUAGGUGGCUUUUCAGCCGAAGUCUGCGAGAUAAGUCCACAUAACAGCGACUUUUUAUAAUUUUUUGGACGAAUGAUGGUAAAUUUGCUUUGUCAUCUUGGGAGUGGGGACAUUUGAGGGGCAAACUCAUAUUGGGGGGGGGGAUAAAAUUUUAAAAUUACUGCUAUUUACCCAUGCAUUGUCACAAGACUUUUGUCCCCAGAGAUUCGCCCCCUCUCAAAGGGGCGAUAUUACUAGAAUACCGCCCCGAGGACAGAUAUCUAGAUAUCGCUCCCCAGAGGGGCGAAUGCCCCAGAAAUAUCGCCCCCCCCCCUCCUUUAGGAUAUUCGCCCCCCAUAUAUGCGAUGUGGUUUAUUAAAAUAAUUUCGUGAUACUUUCAUCUUAUUGGUGCCUUAAGGCCCAUACAGACCGGACGCUAUUUGAGGGUGGGAAAGGGUAUUUUCGUGAGCCGUGAAUGGUGAAUAUUUGUUCCUGCGAAAUGUGAAAUGCUUGAUUUUAGUGUCGUGAAAUGUGAUUUGUUCUACAGCCGUGAGGCGUGAUUGUUGAUAAAAAUGCUCCGUGAAAUGAGAAUUAAGGAUGCCUGUUUCGUGAACUGUGAUUAUUAUAGUGAUUAUUAUAAUAAACAUGAUACGCGAUAAUCAAAUUUAUAUGAUCUCACUCGAUUGCACAAGAGUAAAAACUUCAGAGGCCUUUCGCGAGGUUCCUGGCGGUGAGGACAAGGUUCCUGGCGGUGAGGACAAGGUUCCUGGCGGUGAGGACAAGGUUCCUGGCGGUGAGGACAAGGUUCCUGGCGGUGAGGACAAGGUUCCUGGUGGUGAGGACAAGGUUCCUGGCGGUGAGGACAAGGUUCCUGGCGCUGAGGACAAGGUUCCUGGCGCUGAAGACAAGGUUCCUGGCGCUGAGGACAAGGUUCCUGGCGCUGAGGACAAGGUUCCUGGCGCUGAGGACAAGGUUCCUGGCGCUGAGGACAAGGUUCCUGGCGCUAAGGACAAGGUUCCUGGCUUUAUUUGUUUUUGAAAACUGAAAAUUCGCGUCGCGUUCGUUGCCGAGUCGCGUCCGGUCUGUGUGGGCCUUUACGGGUUUGAGAAUUUAACUUUGCAGAACUAAAGCUUUUAUGUCUUUUUUGAAACGUAUUAUUGGAGUAUUGGGAAGUUUUAGCAUUCAGAGAUUUACAAACUAAUAUUGAAACUGUAAAAUACAGUUUCAAUAUUGAAACUGUAAAAGACAGUUUCAUGUAUACGCGCAUUCACUAAUGAGUAAUGACAACUUAUAAGCUAUACAUUUUCCGAUAACGACAAACGCUUGUGUAGCCUUUAGUCGCUCUCAGUGACUAAUAAAUUUUGGAAAAUACCCCCCCCCCCCCCCUUGCCCUCCCUGGCGCCGCCACUGUGAGAAAGGCUAAUUAUCCACCAAGCCCAGCAUUCCAGUUCAAAAAAACAUCUUUUGAAUGCAUGUACUGUAGAAGAUUGUAUUUUUUGAAAUUGUUUUUUUCCUGUAGUCACUUCAAAGGAUGGCUCAAAACAACAAUGGUGUCGUAACUUGUGUGAAAACCAAAGAACAAUUUAAAGUGGAUGAAGCAGAAAAAGUGUUUGUCAUGUAGAGAGAUAAGUGCACGGUACUUUAUUAAAAUGAGACGUUUUAUACAUCAAGAUUCAUACUGUAUGUCUCUAAGAGUAUCAUGUACUAAAGUUUCUUCUACUCAACUGUAAAUAAAUGAAUUGUAUUUAAUGAAGUUCUAAUUUUGGAUUAUAUAUUUGAUUUUUAUGAUAUUAUAUGGUAUCAUGUAUAAAGCCUGUGAGACUAGUCUCUUCCCCAGCCGCUAUAGUUGUGUACUGAACGCG